UCCAAAACUCGAUUCUUCUGCUUCUUCGAAAUUUCUAAGCCUAAAGUUUGAUAAUUUAUCUCGAAAGACAUGAUUUUUUCCAUUGCAACAAGCUCUGUUACGAACCCAAUGCUCCAUCAUCACCAUCUUAGUGACUUCAACAGAAACAGAGUAUCUACAUCUGUCAAGAUAAUAAACUCGAAGAAUCACAAAAACCCAAGAAAGUGUGAGUGUUUUGAUCUCUAUGAUCAGUUAGUUCCAUACAAGAAAGCUUGGUCAUGGCAAAAAACAAUUGUCAAUGAGAAAAUAGAUAUGAUUGAUAGAAACCAAGAGUGCCCAGAUACAGUGAUUUUACUACAACAUCCACCAGUUUACACAAUGGGAACUGGAAGUACAGAGAAUUAUCUCAAUUUCGACAUAAAGAAUGCUCCUUUCGAUGUUUAUAGAACUGAACGUGGUGGUGAAGUUACUUAUCAUGGUCCUGGUCAGUUAGUUAUGUAUCCUAUAAUCAAUCUCCGGAAUCAUAAGAUGGAUCUUCAUUGGUACCUAAGGAAGCUCGAGGAGGUUGUCAUUCGUGUUCUUUCUUCGGCUUUCUCCAUCAACGCUACUCGUGUUGACGGUUUAACUGGAGUUUGGGUUGGCAACAAAAAAGUGGCGGCGAUAGGUAUUCGUGUGUCUAAAUGGAUAACAUUUCAUGGUCUAGCUCUUAAUGUUACAACAGAUUUAACAGCCUUUAACUCGAUAGUUCCAUGUGGGAUAAGAAACCGCGGGGUUGAAAGUGUAAAGGGUUUGAUUGAGGAAGGAGAACAUGUAAAUCGGGAUGCGUUUGAUGAUAAGCUCAACGAUUUGCAGUUGUUAAAUAUAGCUCAUGAAUCGUUAUUAAAGGAAUUCUCUGAAGUUUUCCAGCUUCAAAUCGAAAAGCAAACACUAACAAGUGAUUUAUGCGAUGGUGGUUAUGCAGGAAACUUUUUGUGGACCAGUGAUAAUAGCUUAUCUGUUUCUCGGAUUGACCACAAAGGGAUGGCACUGGAAGCUGCUUUCUCCAUGAGUUUUUGCUCCUUCCCUGUCCCCAAAGCAAUAUUCUUUGAGAGAGAAACUUCAUCUUUUCAACGAAUCAUCUCGAGAGCAAAAGGAAUUUCAGGUGAGGGUCAAGUUGAAAGCUGUAUGGAACCCGAGAAAAGGAUAAGCUCUGAUGGAAUUGAGACUCAAGUCAAGGAAACUGCUCACAAAGUAUUUGAUAAACUGCCUGAAAGAAAUUUAGAUACUUGGAGCGGUGGCAGAGUAACAGCAAAAGAACUUUCAGGCUCAGUAGUAAAAAACACGGUACGAAAAGAUACUACUUUACGACAUAUCUCACCUUCUAGUCAUUCAACAAAGGUUAGAGGAGCUAAGCAAGAGAUUUCAGGUGAGAAGAAAGCUAUUUUAGAUAGAAGCAAGGCCUAUGUAAAGCUGAAGUCUUUAGGAAAAGAAGUGCGAGACGCGGGCUAUGUACCCGAGACGAAGUAUGUUCUUCAUGAUAUCGAUGAAGAAGCUAAAGAGAAAGCAUUGAUGCAUCACAGUGAACGGUUAGCUAUUGCUUUCGGGCUUAUAAACACGCCUCCAGGGACAACGAUAAGGGUGAUGAAGAAUCUGAGGAUAUGCGGAGAUUGCCACAACUUCAUAAAGAUAUUAUCGAGUAUUGAAGAUAGAGAGAUCAUUGUAAGAGAUAACAAGAGGUUUCAUCAUUUUAGAGAUGGUAGCUGCUCUUGUGGAGAUUAUUGGUAGACUUUUGUAUGAAAAUAUGUGAUUUUUAACAAAUUUUUACGAAACUAUUUUUUUUCUUGCUCAUCUGCCAACUCUUUAAUAAACAUAGUACUCAAACUUGAUGUCAAGAUCAGUGAAAUGGACAAACAGUAAAUAAAUAGCAUCAGAAUAU